UGACAAUUGUGUGAAAUGAUUUUGAUGUUUUUUGUUUGUUUGUUGUAUGGGGGAUAUUUGCAGGAAGCUGAUUUGGAGCAGCUAGAAAAAAGUGUAGAGCCUUCAUGGCCAAAACUAGUGGAGCCAUUAGAGAAGAUUAUUGAUCGGUUAUCUGUUGUUUGGGGGAUGAUUAAUCACCUUAAGGCUGUCAAGGACACACCCGAGCUUCGUGCUGCCAUUGAAGAAGUUCAGCCAGAGAAGGUGAAGUUCCAGCUUAGGUUGGGGCAGAGCAAACCCAUUUACAAUGCAUUUAAGGCUGUUCGAGAAUCUCCAGACUGGAAGACACUGAGCGAAGCUCGUCAACGAUUAGUUGAAGCUCAAAUAAAGGAGGCGGUUCUAAGUGGUAUCGCUCUUGAAGACGACAAGAGAGAAGAAUUUAACAAAAUUGAACAGGAACUUGAAAAACUUUCCCAUAAGUUUUCUGAAAAUGUUUUGGACGCUACAAAGAAGUUUGAAAAGUUGAUAACAGACAAAACAGAGAUUGAGGGGUUGCCGCCAUCUGCACUUGGAUUGUUCGCACAAGCAGCUGUUUCUAAGGGCCAUGAAAAUGCUACUGCCGACACUGGACCAUGGCUCAUUACACUGGACGCUCCUAGUUAUCUCCCCGUCAUGCAGCAUGCCAAAAACCGUGCUCUGCGCGAGGAAGUGUACCGUGCUUACUUAUCUCGUGCCUCUUCGGGUGAUUUAGAUAAUACAGCAAUUAUUGACCAAAUCUUGAAGCUUCGACUGGAAAAGGCUAAGCUUCUUGGUUACAGAAAUUACGCUGAGGUAAGCAUGGCCACAAAAAUGGCUACUGUAGAGAAAGCAGAUGAGCUACUAGAAAAGCUUCGCAGUGCCUCAUGGGAUCCGGCUGUUCAAGACAUAGAAGAUCUUAAGAGUUUUGCAAAGAACCAAGGUGCUGCAGAAGCUGACAGUUUGACUCACUGGGACAUCACUUUCUGGAGUGAGAGGCUUCGUGAAUCCAAAUACGAUAUUAAUGAGGAAGAACUGCGACCUUACUUCUCACUACCAAAGGUUAUGGAUGCGUUAUUUGGUCUAGCUAAGACANCUUACUCACCUUCUCGUUUCUUGUCAGGCGGUUAUGCAGCUGGAUACUACAGUUACAAGUGGGCGGAGGUUUUGUCUGCGGAUGCGUUUUCAGCCUUUGAAGAUGCUGGGUUGGAUGACAUCAAGGCUGUUAAAGAAACAGGACAGAGAUUCAGAAACACUAUACUUGCUCUGGGAGGAGGAAAAGCACCUCUACAAGUGUUUGUGGAGUUCAGAGGUCGGGAACCUUCCCCAGAGCCUCUGCUCAGACACAACUUUGAUUUACAGGUAGAAACUGUGUUCCAUGAAUUUGGCCAUGCUCUUCAGCAUAUGCUUACCAAAGAGGAUGAGGGGCUAGUGGCUGGUAUCCGAAAUAUUGAGUGGGAUGCAGUUGAAUUACCUUCACAGUUUAUGGAGAACUGGUGCUACCACAGGGAUACCUUAAUGAGCAUUGCUAAGCACUAUCAAACCGAAGAAACUCUUCCUGAGAAUGUAUACAAGAAGCUCCUGGCUGCGAGAACGUUCCGUGCAGGGUCCCUUAGUCUUCGUCAGUUGAAGUUUGCUACAGUUGAUCUGGAGCUGCACACAAAAUAUACGCCAGGUGGGACAGAGACCAUCUACGAUGUUGAUCAAAGGGUGUCCAUAAAAACACAAGUGAUUUCUCCACUUCCUGAGGAUAGAUUCCUCUGCAGCUUCAGUCAUAUAUUUGCAGGCGGUUAUGCAGCUGGAUACUACAGUUACAAGUGGGCGGAGGUUUUGUCUGCGGAUGCGUUUUCAGCCUUUGAAGAUGCUGGGUUGGAUGACAUCAAGGCUGUUAAAGAAACAGGACAGAGAUUCAGAAACACUAUACUUGCUCUGGGAGGAGGAAAAGCACCUCUACAAGUGUUUGUGGAGUUCAGAGGUCGGGAACCUUCCCCAGAGCCUCUGCUCAGACACAGUGGGCUCUUGGCUGCUUCUGCUUGAAGUAUUGAAAUCCUUUGGCUAGUCUCAAUCAGAUUUACGAUUACAAAGUCAUCCAGUUGUAUUAAACUUAUUCUACUUUUGUUCACUGAGCCUUUUCGAGACAAUAAGAAUGGUGUUUAUGAACAAAACGAACAGAGAUAUUUCUUUUAUCUUCCAACCAUAACGCAUUUUCCAUUACA